CCAAGAUGUCGGAAAUUGUGGACACGGAGCUGCUGGUGAACUGCACCAUUUUGGCGGUGCGACGCUUCGAGCUGAACAGCAUCGUCAAUGCAACGCAACUGAAUAGCUACAAUCGCACGGAGGUGGUCAGCCUGCUGGCGGGAUUCAUCGAGAACCGGGACAAUCUCGAGAGCAUCGACGAGGCAAAAGACUUUCUCACCGAGUGCCUGUUCCCAUCGCCGACGCGUCCGUACGAAUUGCCAUGGGAGCAGAAAACAAUUUGGGCCAUCGUUUUUGGCCUGAUGAUGUUUGUGGCCAUUGCUGGCAAUGGAAUUGUGCUGUGGAUUGUAACAGGACAUCGCAGCAUGCGAACAGUCACAAAUUACUUCCUGCUGAACCUUAGCAUCGCCGACCUGCUCAUGUCCUCGCUGAACUGUGUCUUCAAUUUCAUAUUCAUGGUGAACUCCGAUUGGCCCUUUGGCUCCAUUUAUUGCACCAUCAAUAACUUUGUGGCCAACGUGUCGGUCUCCACAUCGGUCUUUACGCUGGUGGCCAUCAGUUUUGAUAGGUACAUCGCCAUUGUGCAUCCGCUGAAGCGUCGCACAUCCCGUCGGAAGGUACGAUUCAUUCUGGUGAUGAUCUGGGCACUCAGCUGCGUUCUGUCGGCCCCCUGCCUGCUCUACUCCAGCAUCAUGACCAAACACUACUACAAUGGAAAAUCGCGAACUGUCUGCUUCAUGAUGUGGCCGGAUGGACGUUAUCCCACGUCAAUAACGGACUAUACCUAUAAUCUGAUUAUAUUGGUGCUGACAUAUGGCAUACCCAUGAUAGUGAUGCUCAUCUGCUACUCGUUGAUGGGUCGGGUGCUUUGGGGCAGUCGAUCGAUUGGCGAGAACACGGAUCGGCAAAUGGAGUCCAUGAAAUCCAAGCGGAAAGUCGUACGCAUGUUCAUAGCAAUUGUCUCGAUAUUUGCGAUCUGCUGGCUGCCCUACCACCUGUUCUUCAUCUAUGCGUACCACAACAACCAGGUGGCAUCCACCAAGUAUGUGCAGCACAUGUAUUUGGGCUUCUAUUGGCUGGCCAUGUCCAAUGCCAUGGUGAAUCCCAUCAUCUACUAUUGGAUGAACAAGAGAUUUCGCAUGUAUUUCCAACGCAUCAUUUGCUGCUGCUGCGUAAGCUUCACCCGCCAUCGUUUCGACUCGCCCAAGAGUCGGCUGACCAACAAGAACAGCUCGCUUCGCCAUACAAGAGCCGAAAACAAGUGCCAGUGGAAGCGCAGCACAAUGGAGACACAGAUCCAGCAGCAGGCACCGCCGACCUCCACAUCCUCCAGGGGCGACAGGGGCAGCACUCGUCAGCCGUUGUCCAUGAAGAGCAGCCUCAACCGUGCGGCAGUGGAGUGCAUUAUGGAACGUGCAGCGGAUGAUAAUAGCUCCAAUCUCUGUCUGUCCAUCAACAAUAGCUUGGGGGAGCGGCAGCGCGUGAAAAUCAAGUACAUCUCCUGUGACGAGGACAAUAAUCCAGUCGACAGCAGCAGUCCCAAGCAGCUCUGAUGCCCCCAAAGGGAGAUUUGAAUUGGUUUCGCUCUAAAUGUACAUAGAAAUAUUCAUAGAACCGACCCGUAAAUACCAUGCCCCCUUAGUGAAACUAGAAUUUCCGGUUGUCAACGAAAAGAAAGAAAUUCAAUUUGUAAAAAGUACUGUAUGAAAUGCAAGAGCCCUGCAUGAGCACACUGUCGAAUAUACCCUCCGUAGCACGGGGUACGGUACUCUGCACUUCCAUCGAUCACUAGUUCGCCGCUGCUGGAGAGAGCGAGAGAGCUUUGGCUUUGUUUGGCUUUGCCCAUCUACCUGCGCAAAUAUUUAUCAGGCGACAGAUCAACAGCAAGCCGAAACCAAUGCAAACUGCAAAAACAAUUUUGCAGCGUUUGUUUUCGCCCUUUGAGUAGAGCAACAACAGUUUCGCUUCAACUUUCGUGGAGUGGAAGGCGACGAACGGUGCAUACUAUACAUGUGCACGCACACACAAACAGAUUGCUCUCUGGUGUUGGUAUAUUUUGAGACGUGAUUUGCAGAUUUGCAAGGCUCGCUCCAUUCUUUUGUGACUGAGCGAACUUUGGACUCAUGCAGGGCUCUCGUAUUGUCACCAUCGAAGAGCUGUAAGAUUUUAAUUGUUGUAAACAUUUUAGG